AUGGACUUGGGGCCUGAUGAUGAAGCAUGGAUCGGAAAUCAUUUCCACAACCUGCGCAACCGCUUUGAAUGGACUAACGGAAAGCCUGUCAUCUAUAAAAGUGAAGAAGUUGAGCUAAAACUCGAUACCUACAAUUACUACGCUGAUCGCAAGAAAACUUGGCGAAAAUCGGCUGUAGCGUUGACCUCGUCUGGUAUCUGGAGAUAUUAUCCACAAACGGAAAAGACGGCUGCAAUUUGUGAAUAUAAACAAGAAUUUUACUCCGAACAAACGGAAAAAAUUCGGGAACGUUUUCAUGACCUUUUCCUACAGCAUCAUUUGAUUCAGGAAAGCACGCAGAAUGACGUUUUGGCGGGCAUAAAAUCGAUCCGUGCCCAAGAAUUAUCAAUGAAUGUCACCAUCGAGCAGGUGUAUGAAUUAUGGGGAUUUACAAGCAAUGCGGUCCAGUUUCUCAAUGAUUUAAAUCGACAUUUUAAUGAAUACCAGCUACGCCUCGAGAAUUUUGAGACCGCCUUUACUGAAAAUGUAACACGUGGCAACGAGAUGCUAGAGGGCUCAGUAUUUGAAGGAGACGAUCUGAAACAUUUUUCAUCACUCUUACAACCUCGUGGAGAAUUUUUAAAUCCACUCGUGAUCGAAACGGACUCAAGCACGCCAGAACUUGAGGAUGAUCUAAAAGAAGAAAAGGAUUUGAAGCGACCCGAUUUGAAAGGAACUUUCCGGUGUAAGCUGUGCUCAAAGGUGUUUUGCCAUUCGUCGUCGCUGUCGAGACAUCGGAUGCAAAUUCACUUCAAGUAUUACAAAUGUACUUUGUGUAGACGGGAGAUACAUAGCUCCGAUUCUCUACGCACGCAUAUGUAUUCAAAGCAUGGCAUCUCCCGGAUGUUCAUCUGCAGAUGCUGCAACUGGGCAUUCCCCGACAAACGAGCUCUCCAUUUCCAUAUCCAGGUGAAAGAAGAAAGCGAAGCUCGUAUCGAGGCAGCAUCCCUACUCGGCUCCACUUCCAUGAUGGCCAACCUACCGUCUACCAACAGCACCAAGCAGGAAAUUCCUGGACUUGCCGCUACGGAGCGUAUCCAUCGGGAGUUGAUGCAGCAGCAUCAACUCUUUCAACAGCAUCUGGUACAUCAGCAUCAGAAUGUUAUUCCGCAACCGACGCCGAUCCAUGGGAUACCAUCUAUUCCGCCGGCUCCGACGAUGCCGUCAGCUUUUAGCAUAGAUCCCAAAUCUGCCUUCUCACCACUUAUCCGACGCCCAGCUACUAGCAACAACAAUUCACCAAAUUUCGCGACCCUAGAUCAACCAGCAAUGCCCUUGCCAGCCCCAUCUGCAACCCAAACGCCAAUUACCACAGCCACAGCCACCAGCCAACACUCAUUCCCCCAACCAUGCUCCCAGGCCGAAGCAUUCCAACAAGCUCUUCUACAACACAUGAUGAACACUAAACUCCAGGGUAUCCCUUUCCCCACAAAUCCCCUUAUCACUGCCGGGUUGUACCAAAUGGCCACCGCUCAACUCCCCCCAGAACAACGCGGUCAAUUAUCGUUUCCAACCAGCUCUGCUGUUUCGGCCACUGAAAGCGAGGCGUCGCUUCAUACACCAAAAAGUUCUCAUGCCCGGACGACUAGCGACGAUACCGAGCCACCACGUCUGAAAAUGCAAACCCUGCGCAAUCCAAUGUACCCUGAUGUAGCACCACAUAUCUCUCCUUCCGAUAGCCACACCUCAGGCUCAGGCUCACCCACUGGCCCCAACUGCCAAACCCCUCGAGAAUGCUUUGAGUGCCAACAGGCUCGCGCUCAAAUCGCCACCCUCCAGAAGCGCUACGAAGAACUGGAGCAGAACAAAGGACGAGUUCAUGCCGAGCUCCUCCGUCUUCGCCAGGACACCCAAAACCUUCCCGCGGUCUUUGGGGCGGUCGACGCCGAGAAUCGUCGGAUGAAGGAGAUCCUUCGCGAAAUUAAACAACGAAUCGAUGAUUUCCAGUCGAGUCCGAAGUCCGGCGAUGAAGGCCAUCUUUUUGCCACGGCCCUUCGGGGCUGCAUCUAC